UCACCAGACAUGGAGUCCAGCUAUGGGGGAGGCUUGCUAGAUAUGGUGAAAGGAGGAGCAGGGAGACUCUUCAGCAAUUUGAAGGAUAACCUGAAGGAUACCCUGAAAGAUACGUCUUCAAAGGUCAUGCAGUCUGUUGCCAGUUACACCAAGGGGGAGCUAGAUAUUUCAUACAUUACCUCCAGAAUCAUAGUGAUGUCUUUUCCGGCUGAAGGCGUUGAACUGGGAUUCAGGAACCACAUUGAAGAUGUACGGACUUUUUUGGAUUCCAGGCAUCCUGACCACUACACGGUCUUCAACUUGUCACCCAAGUAUUAUCGCAGUGCCAAGUUUCACAACCGGGUAUCCGAAUGUAGCUGGCCGGUACGACAAGCGCCCAGUCUGCACAACCUCUACGCCGUCUGUAAGAACAUGCACAACUGGCUACAGCAGAACCCCAAAAACGUGUGUGUCAUCCACUGCAUGGAUGGCCGUGCAGCCUCAGCCGUUCUGGUCAGCGCGAUGUUCUGUUUCUGUCACCUCUUCUCUAACCCAGGCCCUGCUAUGCAGCUGCUGAACACAAAGAGACCUGGGAUUGUCCUCUGGCCAUCUCACAGGAGAUACAUAGGCUACAUUUGUGAUCUAAUAGCAGACAAGCCUGUCAUUCCUCACUGCAAGCCACUUACUAUCAAGUCGGUCACCCUCAGUCCAGUCCCCUGUUUCAACAAGCAACGAAACGGCUGCCGACCCUUCUGUGACAUCCUCAGCGGAGAAACCAGAAUCCUCACCACAUCCCAGGAGUACGAAAGAAUGAAAGAAUACCGUGUGCAAGAAGGGAAAGUCCUAAUCCCACUGGGAGCCACUGUCCACGGAGAUGUUGUUGUUUCCGUCUAUCACAUGAGAUCAACCAUCGGGGGACGCCUUCAAGCAAAAAUGACCAACACACAAAUAUUCCAAAUUCAAUUUCAUACUGGAUUCAUAGCCCUGGGAACAACCACCCUAAAAUUCACCAAGCCUGAACUGGAUGCCUGUGACUCUCCAGACAAAUAUCCUCAGCUCUUUCACGUUAUACUGGAGAUAGAAAUACAGUCUACUGAUAGACAAACUGAGUUAACUCCCCCUUGGGAGAACUUCACGACGAAAGACAUCAAUCCAACCAUUCUCUUCUCCUCUCAUCAGGAGCAUCAGGACACUCUGGCUUUGGCAGGUAGAGGCCCCACUGACUCACCCCAGGAUAACAUACGGAACGUUGGACAGAGUGCAUUCUUCUCAUCUCUCAGCUGGCAAGAUCAGAAAUCUGACAAAAGUAGCUCUCACCCCACCUCAGAGGAUCGAGCGGCGUUGGUGCAUGAGGAAAGCGAACAGUCAGAUGACGAACUCUUGUCCCUUUCCAGUCAGCACAGUAAUGCCAGUGGUGACAAGCCUCACGGGACACCAAAACACAGCAAAAAGCAGCAAGAGCCACCAGCACCACCUCCGCCUGAAGAUGUGGACCUGCUGGGCCUGGAUGGUAGCCCUAUGAGCAAGAGUUUUCCCUCGCAGCCCACUGCUGCCCCCUCUAACUCAGACUUGCUGAAUGAUUUGUUUGGGGUUGGUGGGCCAGGUUCCCAGAGUCAAAGUGGACAGCCCGCUGCUGAGGAGGUCUUCCAUGUGGGGGGACCUGGAUCUGUGCAGUCAACUCCUCGGCGUUCUGCAGCUUCGGCAUCCCCAUCCCUGUCCCCAAGGGUAGGAGAAGCCACUGCCUUUGAUCCAUUUGGAAGUAGCCCUAAGCAAACUGGUCCAGACCUCCUGGGUUCCUUUCUUGGUUCAUCAGCUGUCCCUGGUGAUCCUUUCCUUCAAGCAACAAGAAGUCCUUCACCAACUGUGCACACUUCUAGCACACCAAUGGUUUCCAUACAACCAGAUGUUUCCGGUGGUUGGGAGUGGCCCAACAAACCAGGUGGCCUUGGUGUGGGAAGCAAGUCAGCUGCCACCAGUCCUACAGGAUCCCUCCAUAGCACUCCCACUCAUCAGUCUAAACCCCAAACACUGGAUCCAUUUGCUGAUCUGGGGACUCUUGGAGCAAGUUUAGCAGAAAAACUGCUAACGACUUGUGGGGACCUGGGUAGGCUCUAUGGAUUGCAAAGGGCGAGGUGGUAUCCUGUUGGCUGGCAGCAGGCGCAGCCCAAAGCCCAGCCAAGCAUGCCGCACGCCUCUCCCCAGAACAAGCCCAACUACAACGUCAGCUUCUCAGCGAUGCCUGGAGCACAAAACGAGCGUGGGAAAGGACCAGCUAAUGUUGAUUCAAAACCAAAAGUGUCUGCAGAUUUCGAAGAUCUAUUAUCUGGUCAAGGUUUUAAUGCUCACAAGGACAAGAAGGGCCCCAAAACAAUAGCUGAGAUGAGAAAAGAAGAAAUGGCUAAGGAGAUGGACCCUGAAAAAUUAAAAGUGCUGGAAUGGAUUGAAGGGAAGGAGAGAAAUAUAAGAGCCCUGCUGUCCACAAUGCAUACAGUCUUAUGGGCAGGGGAGACCAAGUGGAAACCUGUUAGUAUGGCAGAUCUUGUCACUCCAGAGCAAGUGAAGAAGGUCUACCGGCGGGCUGUGCUUGUCGUUCAUCCUGACAAGGCUACUGGCCAGCCAUAUGAACAAUACGCAAAGAUGAUAUUUAUGGAGCUAAAUGAUGCCUGGUCAGAAUUUGAAAACCAAGGACAAAAACCCUUGUAUUAGGUAUUUUCUCAGUCUCCACUGCAGACCUGUGCUAGUGCUUAUAUAGUCUCUUGUCACAAAAGUCACAGAUCAACCAAGCUCUGGCUGGAAAUUCGGAAGUUUCAGAAAACUAAGAGCCUAAUACUUACCAUGAAGAACAAGAGAAAGGUUUCCUUAGACUUGUAUCGAUAAUCCUGAGCUCGGAGGAACUCUAGCCACCUGGCUUGCCCUAUGAGAGCCGUGGGGUUACAGUUUCUUGCAACUUUUCUAUUUUUUUUAUUUUUUAUUUUUUUCUUUCAUUCAAGUGGGGCGAGAGAAUACAUUCUGGGUGAAGGUGGAAUUGUUGUCUCCAACACCGUGUUGCUGGUGAAUUUCCUGCUUUUUUUGUGAUAUGUGAUACGGCAACACUUCAGCUGAGUUCAAUAACUGGCGGUGAAGCCCAAACUUCGGUAUACUUUCUUUCUAGAUUUGGAUGAAACUUUCUCAAAAUUUAAGUGCGCAGAUGUGGUUUAGGCACACUUCUAACAGUCACCAUUUGCUGUUUAAUUGCUAAUCUCGUGUAGUAUGCCUGACUAGAG